AUGUCUUUCAUAUACAAUAAGGCUUUCACAACUGCUUGGAAUGAAGCAUGUGCAUCAACAACUGCGGCCAAAAUUCUGAUUUUGGCUGGAACAUACAAAAUGGGUUUAUUAGAAGUUAAAGGUCCUUGUAAGGCUCCUAUAGAAGUUCAAGUGGAUGGCACAAUUGAUGCACCUAUGAGCAAUGAUGACCUUAAAGGAGCUGAACAAUGGAUCAGGUUUGACACUAUAGAGUCCUUUACCUUAUCAGGAAAAGGAGUUUUUGAUGGUCAUGGUGCAGCUACAUGGAAACAUGCUCCAAUUGCUUGGAAAGAUACUAAUUCAUCUAAACGUGCAAUGAAUAUUUAUUUUCAUGCUCUCACCAACUCAUUGGUGACUGGAGUUACAUCUAAGGACAACAAAUAUUUUCAAUUUAUGGUUUUGGCGUGUUGCAAUAUAGCAUUUAAUGUUGUCACAGUUAUAGCCCCUGAUGAAAGUCCUAAUAUUGAUGGAAUCCAUAUAGGAAGAUCAAAUGGUGUUACAAUUACUAAUAGCAACAUUGGUACUAGAGAUGAUUGCAUAUCAUUGGGUGAUGGUAGCCAAAAAGUAACUGUCGAAAAUGUGAAUUGUGGACCUGGACAUGGUAUUAGUGUUGGAAGCCUUGGAAAGUUAACAACUGAAGAGAAUGUAGCAGGUUUAAUAGUUAAGAAUUAUACUCUAACAAAAACUGAAAAUGGUGUGAGGAUUAAGACUUGGCCUGAUGUCCCAGGAAAAAUUACUAUUACUGAUAUGCAUUUUGAAGAUAUUACCAUGGUUGAUGUUAUGAACCCUAUCAUCAUUCACCAAGAGUAUUGUCCAUGGAACAAGUGUUCCAAAAAGAAUCCAUCACAAAUAAAGAUAGGCAAAGUUAUAUUUAAGAAUAUUAAGGGCACAUCUGUAACAGCAGAAGGAGUGACUAUUAUUUGCAGUAGUGGUGUACCAUGCGAAGGUGUGGAGUUCAAUAAUGUUGAUCUCACAUUCAAUGGAGCCCAAGCAAGAGCUAAAUGUUCUCAUGUCUAA